GUUUAAAAGUUCCUAUAUUAGUUUACAUUUACUUUUUAUUAGAACAAUUACAUGUUUUUACUUAUAACGAAAAACAAUGGCCAUGUCUACACCCAGUGUUUCUAAAAACAAGUUUUUAAUUACGGGAGCAUUCGAAAAAACACCAAAAUCUCAAAAUUUUACUCCUAAAACGAACUAUGUUACGCCUAAAUCCAAAAAAAUAGAAAUGGUAUCGUCGACGCCGGAGUGUUUUAGCUCUGUUCAAGUAGAGACGCCUCUGAUUAAAAAACGAAUCAGCAAAGAAAAAUUCGAUGAAGUUAGUAACCUAACGGUGGCUGUUAGAAUUCGACCGAUGAAUUCCAGAGAGUUACUUCACGUGGGAUCUGCUGAUGUAGUUGGAGUUAGAGAUAAAGAAAUAAUAAUUAAAUCCCAUCCCGUAGGAUCCAGUAACGUAAGCAUCGACCAUGUGUUCCAAUAUGACCAGAUAUUCUGGUCAUGCGAAGAAAAUCAUUCGUUUUACUCUACACAGGAAGAAGUAUUUUUGACUCUAGGCAAGCCUUUGCUUAACAGUGCUUUUAAGGGGUAUAACGGCUGUCUUUUUGCUUACGGUCAAACUGGCUCUGGCAAAAGUUACAGCAUGAUGGGAAGAAAUAUGUGUGAAGUUGAAGAUAUUGACUGCCCAACUUUCUCUGGCAUUACUCCAAGAUUUUGUAGGGAAUUAUUUGAACAAAUAUCGAAGCUAGAUAAAGGCUGUUUAUGUACAGUAGAAGUCAGUUAUUUCGAGAUAUAUAACGAAAAAAUUCAUGAUUUGUUAUCCAACGCUAAUAAUUCAACAAAAACGCCAUUAAAAGUUAGAGAACAUCCUGAAUGUGGCCCAUACGUAGUAGGUUUAAACGUUGAAGUUGUUAAGACAUACGAAGAACUGAGAAAUUGUCUACUAAUAGGUAACAGAAAUAGAGCUACAGCGGCUACCACCAUGAAUGAAAAAUCGUCGAGAUCUCACAGCAUUUUCUCCAUAGAACUCUGUCUGUCGGACGAAAAGAAUAGGGAAAAUGCUAGCAGAAAAAGUAAAAUUAGUUUAGUCGAUUUGGCCGGUAGUGAACGAUUAGGUAAUUCCUGCAAUAACGAUGUGAAGAUUCGUGAAGGUGUUUCGAUCAACAAAUCCUUACUCACCUUAGGAAAAGUGAUAUCCGCCUUGGCUGACCAGAAGAAGAAUCAAUUUGUACCUUACAGAGAGUCUGUAUUAACUUGGUUACUCAGGGAAAGUCUAGGAGGUAAUUCGCUUACUACAAUGCUAGCAACAAUAACCCCAGCCAACACCCAUCUAGACGAAACUCUUGCAACGCUUAGAUACGCUUGUCAAGCCAGGUCGAUAGUAAAUAGGGCUAGAAUUAAUGAAAAUCCUCACGAUCGCUUAAUACGCGAAUUACGUUCGGAAGUGGAAAGACUGAGAGCUCUACGUCAAGACUACGAACGUAAUUCAUUUUCCAUAUCAUCUACAUCCUCUUGCAACGAAAGUCAUGAAGAAGAAUUGGAGAGUUUGAGGGGCAAGUUGAAAGAAACGGAAGGGAAGCUGCACGAAGCGGAGAAGAGUUGGGAAAUUAAGUUUCUUGAAUCGAAAGAAACACAAUUGAGAGAAUUAGCCGAGGCUGAAAAAUAUAAAGCCGAGUUAGAAUCCAAAGUGAGAAUAAUGAAAACGUUGGAUAGCAACGUUACUUUAUCACCGUUUAGAUCAAAUUUUCUCGAAGAAUUAGAAGGUGUGCUCACUAACGAAGCAGACGGACUCGUUCAUAAUGAUAUAAUAGAAGAUUUGAAAAAGUGGUGUUGUCAGAAUAGUUUAAUUUGUACAUUUACAUCCGAUACUCUCAUUAUAAAAGAUCCUGUAAAUUAUAAACAAACGUCGGUUUCGUUGAAUUCAGUAAAUUUAAAUGGAUUUGAGAAUAUUAGUGACUUCAUAAACAGUUUGAAUUGGACUGAAAACAAGACGUUUGUUAAAAAAAUUACAAAAUCUGAAAUCAUGACGGCAAUGAACAACAUUUAUCAAUCUUUAGCGGUUUUGCAGCCCCCUGAACAAGAAAAUAAUUUGUGCUUGUUGUUCGCAAAGGUGAAUAAAACUCUGCAGAGUUUUGAAGCCGCCCUCAUGACUAACUUGAAAACUAAUAAAAACCAAAAAGCCGUGACUUUCAGCGCGAGCGUUUUAGAUUGAUAUUUCUGUAAUAAAGCAGUGUUCGUUUGUACCUCCUUAAGCAAUGUUUCAGUGUGGUAGUAUUAAGUAUUUAUUUAUUCUUGCCCCAUUUAUUUGACAAAUGAAGACCUCGGCGCAAGAAGACGGCUACAUUUUUCAUAAAUUUUUCUCUUCCCCCGAUACACAGACUGUUACAGUUCCUUUCCUUUAAUACCUUAUGAAAUAUUAGUUGAAGCUGUCAUGUUGAAGAAAUCAUUUUUACACACAGAGAAAAUAUUUUUCUUCUUGUUAAUAAAAAAUAGAAAACCUGCAAAAAGUGAAGCUGGGUCCUUCUUGCACCGAAGUUUUCAAAUGUAAUAUUCAUACCUUUUACUAUUUUUUAUAAUAAAGUUUUAUCUGCAAAUGCAA